GCUCCUCACCGCCCGCCCCCCCGCCCACAGCGCUCCACCUUCGACCUGGAGCCCAACCCCUUCGAGCAGUCCUUUGCACGCCCGACAAACGACUCCAGCGUCCGCACAGGCCAAAAGUCGCCCACCAGAGACAGCGCUGCCUCCUCCGCCAAUGCCUCCGACCACGCCAACCAGCCUCUCACCUCCCGCCCCAGCUCGGGCUCCAACGACAGAUCAUCUCGCUCCUCGCCGUCCAACGACCCCCGCAAAACUGUCCUCCCGCCCAUAGACGCCAUCUCAUCGCCCUCCGAUCCGUCCUAUUCAUGGGCUUUCUCCUCGGCCUCCCUUGCCAACUCUCUCCGCUCGGGGCCACUCAGCCCCGCCAUGCUCACUGCGCCCCAGCAGCAGUCAGAGCAGCCUCUCGCUGCCUUCGACCCCGCCGCCUUCCGCACCGGUCUCACUCCUCGCACCGGCCUCACUCCAGGCACUGGCCUCACUCCUCUCAUCGGCGGACCCGUGUCAUUCCCUCCUCCGUCGCCCAACACCGCGGCGUUUUUAGCCAUGAUGAAUAACAAUGGCCCGCCUAGCUUGAGUGGGGUUGCGGGUACGAUUACUCCAAACACUCUCUCCGCUAUUACAGGUGUCCUCUCCAACUCUCACUCCUCACACACACACGCAUCUUCACCUCUCAGCAUGAGCACCGUCACUUCGGGCUACGCCCGCGAUAACAACCCCGCGUCGACACAGCCGGGUUAUCUGCAGUCGGCGUCGGCAGCAGCUAGUUCGGCCGCCAACGGCCUCUUCCUACUCUCGCAGGCCCACCAGGAGCUGACUAAGCGCGAGGAAGCACAACGCGCGAAUUCCGCGGCAGCGGCUGCUGCUAGUCCUGUUAACCCGCCGCCAAUCAACACCCAGGUGAACGGUAACAGCACCAAUGGCACCAACAGGCGAGGCACCAAGCGCAAAGCGACCGCAUCGUCAUCGUACGAGCCGCCCUCACCGAUCAGCGCAUCGACACCGGUGCAGUCCUCACUGCCCGCUUCUAAGCGGACACGGAGCCAGACCAUGGCAGCCGGACGGAGGGCGUCGACAGUCAGCUUCGGCGAGGAGGAGGAAGAGGAAGAGGACGAGCAGCUAUCACCGACGCCUCCAUCGGCGACGAUCAAUGGCAAGAAGGGUGCGGCCAAUGGCCAGAAGAAGCCAGAGACGGAGGAAGAAAAGCGGAGGAACUUCUUGGAACGGAAUCGACAAGCCGCUCUCAAGUGUCGGCAACGCAAAAAGGCAUGGCUAUCUCAACUUCAGGCCAGAGUCGAGUUCCUACAGAACGAGAACGAGAGCCUGUCGCAGGCGCUUAUGUCCGCGCGGGAGGAGAUCACACGUCUCUCAGCUCUCGUCGGGACGGGUGCGGCUGGUGGUGUUGGCACCGUCACCGUUGUGCCAAACGUGCCUGGAGUGAACGUCAACGGUGUGCCUGUCAAUGGCGCGAACGGCGUGUCUCUCUCUUCAACGGCUCAUAGCCAAGGACAUGGGCAAGCCUCUUCGCAAGCCUCACAUGGAUCGCACGGCUCGGCGCAUCCGGCCUCGCACCAAUCGCACAACGGUCAUCGGCCGAGCCAGAGCCCGACAGGCCCAGGCGCACCUGGGAGCAUCGCGCCCAUCUCAGUGAACGUUAGCCUUCCCGGCGCGGGCAAGAGUCUUUCUGCGUCGGCCCCGCAGGCAGGCAUGGUUGGCGCAGGUGGUGGGCGGGGGUACGGUUAUUGA